AAGAGUUCACAACAUAGACUCCCUCUUUGGGCACUAGAUUUUCAAACAUACAGACAAUGGGUUUUCAAAUUCGAGUUCUUAUGAUGUUGAGCAUGUCGAUUUGCCUGGCCUCAGUUGUACAUGCUAAGCAGGGAACUUCUGUUUUCUACAAUCCACCUUACCUUCCAUCAGCAUGCUUUAGCUAUCGAAACCAAGGCAUCAUGAUAGCAGGAGCUAAUCCUACAUUAUACGAUGGUGGAAAAGUAUGUGGAAGAAGGUAUAAGGUGCGGUGCUUGGGAGGCACCAACGAAACGCCAAAUCCAUGCAAAGGGGGAGAAGUCAUUGUCAGAAUUGUAGAUCUUUGUACAGGAUGCGGAGCCAACGAGAUUAAUCUCUCUCGAGAUGCCUUCUCAAGGAUUGCUAACGUUGAUGCUGGAAGAGUCCGAGUUGACUAUAUACAGGUUUGAGAAGUCUGCAAAAUCAAAACACCUCGAGGCUAUUCUAAAUAAGGAGCUGCUACUUGUACAGGGCCUAACAUAGGCCCUGUUCAAAUAGAUUAAUUCUUCUAAAUAUGUAUUUUUAUACAAGUACAAUAAGAGACCUCGAAAAAAAAAAACGAUUAUAAUGUUCUGUCAACUUCAAAUAAAAUUCAGGACGUUGUGUAAGUUUGACAAGUGUAGCUCUAGAUAUCUUAAUGAAAUUUCAAAGUUCAUGUAAUUUAAUGA